UUGCGUGAAGGUGAGGGUUUUGGGGAUUGCGAAUUGGCGGGAAAUAUUGGGAAAUGUUUAGAAUUUCAAGGGUGGCUGUUGAAAAAUUGGAAAACUUGAUGAUUUUUCGUUUUUCUUUAUUUUUUUGCUUGAGAUUGAAAAAUCUCAAAAUUUUUUGAAUUUCUCAGAAUUUGCUGCGAGAAAAUGAUGAUUUUUGAGUAAAACAACCAAAAAUAUCAGGUUUUCUGUGAAAUUUUUUGUGAAUUUCACUAUUUCUCUGAAUUUACAGCAUAAAAAUCAUGAUUUUCCCCAUUCAACACCAGCAAAAAACGUGCUGGCCGAAUUCUGUCGGCUCCUAGGCCAUCUGUUUUAUUGUUCUGUUUAUAUUAAGAAGCGAAAAAAUAUCCCUCGGGCGACGGAACACUGUUUUCCUCGUCGCUAAAACUGCACACUUCGUUUUCUUUUCAUUUUUCUCUGCGUCUCUAUCCAUCUCAAGACAGUCUUUCUUUUCUCUCCCUCUUCUUCUCUUUUGGAAAUGUUUUUUUUACCGAACAGUCGGCAUGUCGUUGAAAUUCGGAACUUUGGAGCUGGGACCAAUCGACUUUUUGAUAUGUAUUCUGGCCGGAUAUAUUAGCUAUCGAUUUUUGAAGCGCGUCGUAUUUGCACGGUAUAUCGAAAAACCGCGAAAAUUUGGAGAGGUACGAUUCGCCCAAUGUUUUUUUCAAUGAAUUCCAGAUUUUUUUCAGAUGUCUCCCCUGAAAAUGCAAGAUAUGACAGAAGCGGAACUUCGAGAUUUGCGAGAAAACGAGAAUCGUUGUUUGGUGGUUGUUGAAAAUCAGGUAAUCAGGGGGAUUUCGAAAUUUCUUAUCAGGAAUAUGAGUAAUUGGCGCCAGAAAAGAAAUAAAAAUGAUUUUUUUUAUGAAAUAAAAUUAAACUGAUUAUAGAAAUGAUAUAAAUAUGUAUAUUUUUUAAUAGAUUUUCAGUGAAUUUCAGUUGGAAAUUCAGAAUUUUUGCUGGAAAUCAUAGAUUUUCUAAUAGAUCUCUAAUAGAUUCUGAUUCUGGCAAGGAUUAUGAAAUUUUUCUGAAAUUCAGAAUUCUUAGCCAAAAUUUAUUCGAAAAUCUAUGAUUUCCAGCAAAAAUUCUGAAUUUCCAACUGAAAUUCACUGAAAAUCUAUUAGAAAAUAUACAUAUUCUGAAGCUGCUAAAGACAAUUCCGUUGUCAAAAUUGCAAAUCUCAAUUCUGAAUAUGAGUUAUUUUGUAACUAUCAAAGCUUGGUGAAUUUACAAGGCUAUAACAAACUUCAAAAGUGAUUUUCAUAUAAUCACAUAACCUUGUUCAGAAGAUCAGGAUUACACAGGUUUUUCUGGAAUUUCAGAUCUUCUGAACAAGGUUAUGUGAUUAUAUGAAAAUCACUUUUGAAGUUUGUUAUAGCCUUGUAAAUUCACCAAGCUUUGAUAGUUACAAAAUAAUUCAUAUUCAGAAUUGAGAUUUGCAGUUUUGUCGUCUCCAGAAGCUACUACUAGAAAAUAUAUUUUCCAGAUUUUCGACAUGUCGACUUCUCGAAUCCUCUACGAAGCCAACUUCUCCAAACUCGACGACGAAAAAUUCGGCGGCGAAAAAGAUUGGCAGAAAUUCAUCAGACGAAAAUAUCCGCUCGUCGGCAAUCUUGUCGCAAAAAAUGCGCAAAAAUCGAAUUAUGACGGGGCGAUUGCUAGCAUUUUGCAAUAA